AUGACCGAUAACGAUAAUAACGAUAGCGCUGCCAAAUACAUCAUGACCACUGCGACCGAUCAAAACAACAAAGUUCAGAGUUCAGUUAGCGGAAAUUCAUCAGGACAUAUUUCCAGAUCAGUGAAUGAUGCUGAGAUGCCAUUCCCUUGCGUGAUCGCCAUUAUCCAGUCUUCCAAGGAAGGCAGUGCCCUCCAGAUCAUUUAG